UAACAGAUCUGAGGUGUGAAUAUUGCAGGGACUUACAGGUGUGAACAAUACAGGGCAUUGCAGGUGUGAAACAUGCAGAGUCCUGAAUCUGAGGUGGGAACAAUGCAGGGCCAGUCAGCAGGUGCAGGUGCAGCAACAAUGCAGGUGCCAGUCAGCACUGAUACCAUUUAAAGCUUACACAAAGGUAAGCAGUGACGCAACCAGACAGAUAGGGGGCUGCGGGCCACCAGUUGGACAGCACUGUUUUAUAUAGUCAUGUAACUCAUUGGAAGCUUCUAAUAUCUUUAUAAAAUUAAAUCUGUGCCCAAUGGUGCAUGCACUGUAAAGCAAAACAGGCAUAAUCACACAUGUGUGAUUCUUCAGGCACAAGUCUGCUGCACCUAUUGAAGCAGGCCACAGGGGAACCCUAGCAUCAUAGAGACUGACUUGGUGCAAUUACUCUCAAGUGCAGGGAGCAUGAUUAGACGCAAAUAUGGUCCAAUAUGCCCAACUACUCCUUCCAGUUUUGCACAACCACAAUUGCAGCUGUGGUCGUAUUUGAGCCCUAUAGGGAUUGAGGAGGUUUGGGGACAGAACAUAGAAAGAAUGAUGACAUAAUAUUGGGCUGUGCAGAAUGUAUAUAAAAGAAAACGUGGAGAAUCCCACCACAUUUUUGCAGUUCUCAGGCUAUAAAUUUAAACUGCUGUCUUGUUGCUGAGGCUUCAUAAACCUAACAAUUAAGCAGCAGUUUGCAAUUUACAAUGGAAGAUGAAUUGCCAACUCUAACAGAAAUAUAAGCAGUAAUAACUAUGUAGCAUCAAAGUCAACCAGAUUUUUGACUUUCUGGGGGGCAAUGUUUAAAAGGGUAUAAGUUUUUUUGUGUUAUAUAGGGAAUGAUAAAGCCCAUAUUGUAAAAUAUAAGGAUAUUAGAAGUCACAGGAGUUUGAUAUCCAUAUGAAACAUAUUAAACAGUUAUGGGCCUCAGAGCACUGUCAUCCUAAGAUGACAUCACUACUGGCAGUGAAGCAGCACAGGAAGUGUUUCUUGCUGCAUUUGCCAUGACAGGGGCGUGGUGUUGAGAGAAGCUUCCAAUGGGGGAGGGAAUAUAGAAAAAGAAAAAGUCUUGCUGCUCAGCACGGACAUGGCAGCAGUUAGAGCUGGGAGAGUGGCAUAGAAAGUACAGCUGUUUAAUUGAAUCUUCUGGUUAACUGCAUCAGUGAAAAACAAUGGCAGAAAUGGAGAACUGCACUUUCCAUGUUCCUUCCCUGGAGGAAAUCUGUUCUGUUUUAAAAAGUGGACUGUUGAAGAAUUUUGCAGAUGUCAGUGUCAUAGUUACUGAAUGUCCUGACCUAUCUAAGGAACCUUUUGAAUUUCCUGUAAAAGGUUUGUGUGGAAAAUCGAGAAUUGCUGAUGUAGGUGGUGUUCCAUACUUGGUGCCAAAGCCACGUCUUGAUAAAGUUUACAAUGUUAAUGCAGUGGCCAAGAAAAUUGGUCUCCCUGGGGCCUACAUCUUAGGUGCUGGAGCAACUUCACAUAAAAGCUUGGGAAUGAAUGCUGAGCUAAUCUUCUCUGUGCAAGCAGAAAAUGAAUCCAUACAAGCUGUUAAUAAGAGUUAUGUUGCUAGUGUCAAUCCUGGUGAUGGCAGUUGUUUGCUGGAGAAAUAUAGGGAUAGGAAUAAUGAUAAUGAUUUCGGACUCCUGUCUAACCUGUAUGCUUGUGAAGGGAAACCAGGAAAGGUCAUUGAAGUUAGUGUGAAAAGAAGGAUAGGUCAAGAUAACUUUGUCAGCUGCAUGAGGAAAUCCCUGAAAACACAUUAUGGAGAGAAAGCUGUGGGACUGGGAGGAACAUUUCUUUUAAAGGAAGGGAAAGCAAAGCUUCACGUUAUGCCCCGAGAAUAUUCUGCUUGCCCACUGAAUACUGAUGAAGAUGUUAACGGCUGGUUGAAAUUUUAUGAAAUGAAGGCUCCUUUGAUAUGCCAGUCCGUUUUUGUUUCACAUGAUCCUGGUUAUGACUUGCGCCUAGAACACACUCAUUGCUUCAGUCACCAUGGAGAAGGUGGGCACUACCAUUAUGACACAACCCCAGACACAGUGGAAUAUCUUGGCUACUUUCAUCCUGCAGAGCUUCUAUAUCGCAUUGAUAAACCAUCUGCUACUCACAUGGUUGGAAGGGAUUAGAAGAUGUGGGAUCAGGCACAGAUGUCGUCGUUAUGUUGUUGUUUAUGGUCAGAUCAACAUUUUUUAGAAGAGACUUGAAUUAAAUUCAGAAUUCAAAUGCUUCCAAAUUUAACAAUCUCUUUUGCAUACUGAAAAGGAUUUCAGAAUUGUUGCAGUUUGCAUUUGGGUUUAACGAUUUGGAGGGAUGUUAGAGCUCAGCACUUCUGCUGAACUCCAGCACCCCACUUAACAGAAUGGUGUUUGACUGCUCAAGGCAAUCUAUGCAAGUCUGAUGUUACAUUCAUCUGCUUUAUCAGUAUGUCGAUUUGUUAAACAUUUUCUUGACUGUCUGGAACAUCUUCUUGAUUAUCACAAAAAUGUUGAAAUGCUGGCAAUCAAUCUGGCUUUCAGUAUUGUAAAUCUGGCCCUUCUUUUAUUUCAACAGAUUUUUAAUAAACAUUUUGUAAUUUUUUUUACACUGCAACUUCAGCAGAGAGCAUUUUCAUUGUAAGAUACAGCAGUAUUAGGUAAUUUUUCCUUUAAGAUAGGAGUUUCUCCCAGGUUUUAAUUGUGGAGAAACAUCAAUAUUCAGUGUUAUUCUGCCAUUUUAUUCACUAUAAUUUUGAUUUAUUCCUAACGUCCUUAUUUUAUACACAACAACUAUUGAAAGUAUUUCUGCUGGUCUGCUUGGAAUGAAUAUGGUCUGAAUAGGCAACACCAAAAAAAGGUUGAUGAUUGGUUACAUUUUUCAUAAGGUCAUUUACUGCAAUGGAAUUAAAUAGGUAUGGGACCUGCUUGGGAUGUGGGGUUUUGGAUUUUUGCUAAAAAACAUGAAAUAACAUUAAACCCAAUAGGACUGUUUUGUCUACAAUAAAAUGUAUUAUAUCUUAGUUAGGAUUAAGUACAAGGUACUGUUUUAUUAUUACAGAGACAAAGGGAAUCAUUUUAAUAAAUGUGAAUUAUUUGAUUAAAAUGGAAUCUAUAGGAGAUGGCAUGGAAUAGGUUUAUGGACAACGGAUCCCAUACCUGUAACAGUAAAUAUUAAUUGUAGCUUAUUAUGUAAGAAUCAAUAUUUUUCCCAAUAUAACAAGUGUUUAUUCCUUUACACCAACAAAAAAAAUAUUAAUAAAGGCACUUUUUUAUCAUCUACUUAAAAAAAUAUUUGUGUCCAUGUUUUUAUUUGCUGUGCUUUAAACAAACUGCUUACUUUGUCAAUCAAUAAAAAUAUAUAAAACA